CAAAAUUCACAUCUCUUUAUCCAUCACUUUCUCUCUUAUUCACUCAAUAAAUGUAUUUACCUGCCAUUUAAGUAAGUAGCAGUAAACAUUUUAACAUUUUAAUAUUGAAGAAAACUCAACAAAAAUUAUAGAAUUUCAUUAUAUUUUUAAUAAAAUGAAGCAAUUAAGAACAAAGAAUGUAUACUCAAUUUUUAUUUUAAGUUUAAAAUUGGAAAUAAUGCACAGGUAAGAAUUGCCUCUAUGGGCACUAGUGGACAAUAUAUCUCAGGACAAUAUAUCCCAGGACAAUAUUCGCAGGACAAUAUAUCUCCAGACAAUAUAUCUCCAGACAAUAUAUCUCAGGACAAUACAUCUCUGGACAAUAUAUCUCAGGACAAUAUAUCCCAGGAAAAUAUUAUCAGGACAAUAUAUCUUGGGACAAUAUAUCUCAGGAUAAUAUAUCUUGGGACAAUAUAUCUCAGGGAGACAAUAUAUCUCAGGACAAUAUGUUUCAGGACAAUAUAUCUCAGGACAAUAUAUCCCAGGACAGCAUAUUUCAGGAAAGUAUAUCCCAGGAAAAUAUAUCCUAGGACGAUAUAUCUCAGGACAAUAUUUCUCAGGACAAUACAUCUCUGGACAAUAUAUCUUGGGACAAUAUAUCUUAGGAAAUAUAUAUCUGGACAGUAUUCUCAGGACAAUAUAUCUCAGGACAAUAUAUCUCCAGACAAUAUAUCUCGGGACAAUAUAUCCCUUGACAAUUUAUCUCGGGAUAAUAUAUCUAGGGACUAUAUAUCUCUCAGUACAAUAUAUCUCUGGACAAUAUAUCUUGGGACAAUAUAUCUCAGGACAAUAUAUCUCCGAACAAUGUAUCUCAGGACAAUAUAUUUCAGGACAAUAUAUCUCUCGGCAAUGUAUCCCAGGACAAUAUAUUUCAGGACAAUAUAUCCCAGGACAAUAUAUCUCUGUACAAUGUAUCUCAGGACAAUAUAUUUCAGAACAAUAUAUGAUAUAUCCCAGGAAAACAUUUUUCAGGACAAUAUAUCCCAGGACAACAUAUUUCAGGACAAUAUAUCCCAGGACAAUGUAUCUCAGGACAACAUAUUUAAGUACAAUAUAUCCCAGGACGAUAGAUCCCAGGAUAAUAUAUCUUAGGACAAUAUAAAGAGACAAUAUAUCUCAAGACAAUAUACAAAAUAUUUUCAGGACAACCCACACAAAAUAUUUCAGGACAAUAUAUCUCGGGACAAUAUUUCUCUGAACAUUACAUCUCUAGGCAAUAUAUAUUCAGGACAAUGUAUCCCAGGACAAUAUGUUUCAGGACAAUAUUUCUCAUCCUCGGGACAAUAUAUCCCAGGACAACAUUUUUCAGGACAACAUAUCCCAGGAUCCCAUAUUUCAGGACAAUAUUUCUCAUCCUCAGGACAAUAUAUCCCAGGUGUUAUUCCCUUUGUUUCCUCUCUUGUGCAACAUAUGUAGACCUCUAGAUCCUACUCCUUAAUAUUUUUAACAAUAUGUUCAUUACUAUUAUUUUUUCCAUUGUUAUCUGAAGC